AUGUCCCGAGCUGAGAAGAGGGCCAACCUACGGUUAGACCUCGGUACCAGUGGUGGGAGAUCCCGCAAGCCUGGUCAGCGGGAUGACAAUCCCAAUCCGGAUACCGCUGAGAACUACAAUGUUAAAUUCUGCAAGCCCCCAAGACAGUUCUACAAUGGUCCCGAUGAGAGCACUGCCUUGGGUCAGGAGUAUGCUGCUCUCAAUGCUGUGACUUCUGAUGAGGAAGAUGACCAGAAUGAGGCAUCUGAUCCUAAGAGGAUCAAGAAGCGAUAUCCCUCUCGAAAGGACGGCCAUAGGUAUGACCCCAACUGGCAUGGGGAGAUCCCUGAACCCUCUUUGCCCAAGCCUCGGACAUGCUCCAUCAUCGAUGCGGACAACACUGCCUUACCUAAUGCUGCUACUGGUGGCAUAAUCUCUGAUCCUAGGCCAGAGGGGCCCGCGGUAGCUGAUGAGGAUGAGGAGGAAGAUGACCUUAUGGAACGUGGGAGGAGGGUCCUGAUUCUCGAGGCAGUGAGGAUGAUAGAAACCGAUCCAGAUGGGUUGGGCCGAGUCAAUGGCGUUCUAUUCAAGAAUAAGAACGCAGAGUUGAUGAAGGCAUGUAGGGCGGCUCUUGGUGAUAUCAACUUACACCAUCUUAAGGAUGCGGCCAUGGAAAUGCGGAAAGAGCAGAGCGACGAGGCCUUAGAUUACUUCGUAGAGACAGCGGCUGAGGUAUUCAGCCUAGCUGAGGGUGGCAUGCAGAAGGGAGCCCAGCUGUGUGCAGCAAUGGUACUUCUAUUACCGAUCAAGGGUCUAAGAGAUAGGCUCGUUGAGCGUAUGCAAGUGUAUGGUGGUGAUGCUAUACUAGAAUCCACUAGGUUGGAACACGAGCGACAGGCCCGGAGUAUAUCUCCACAACCCCGUAGCACGGCUAGUGUGACUAGCAGGGGCUCAUCUCAGCCUCCUACAGUGAAAUUACCUGACACUCCGGUGCCCAUCCCUGAUGGUCUACUUGCCGGCCCUCAUAAACGACCAAGCUUUAUUAAAGCACUGAUGGCAGUGUUAGAUGCUGAUCUCGGCGAAGUGGACGAGGUCAUACCUCCCAAACAAUACACUAAAUUGGUGCAGAGUGUGCAGCAGAUCGAUGGUAUACAGACGGACACUCUCGCAGAGAUGAGGAAUCAGUUGCUAGCUGUGGUUGGUUCUAGAAAGGACCUAUCCUGGGCCAAUGCCGAAAUGGUUAUUGGUCUGCGUCCCCUAGCAUACCGUUUACUCACUCCUCGGCCCACUGUGCCGACGAGUAGUGAUGAGGAGGUGGAGGAGGAAUAUGAGUAUCGGGAUCCUAGCCGCCGUAGGGAGGCAGAGGAGGCUGCUACAGCAUCAGCAGCUGAACUGCAGAAGGGCUGGGAUGAGUUUGUACAGCAGGCAAGGAGGGUCCUCCAUGAGCGAUUCAGCAUGCUGGAACUCUGCUAUAUGUCUACGUAA